AUGUCUUUGUGCCUGUGCUGCUGUUUGCGUUUACAUUCUUCUUGGUGCAAUUCCGAGUGUUGGGGGGCCAUCACUGAGGAGCACUACUUCGGAUGUGCCCUGGACCGCCACGUGUGGCACAGGCUGGUGCAGACAGGUCUGGUGCUGGCGAUCCUUGGCAUGUUCUACUCUCGCUUCCUGCGAACUUUCAUGCAUCGCUACUACUCCCGGAGCUUGCAUCGUGCCUUUUAUGCUAAGGGGGAGAACUGCACCUGGGCAGACGUCAGGCAGUGUAUCUACUGCCCCAUGCUGCUGGUCAGUGCCACUGUGAAUGACUACAUGCAGUUGGGGGACACCACGCCCUUCAGCUACAUGACCUUCAACCAGCUCUUUGCUGGAGGAUCACGUCUGGGCUACUUCCUGGCAUAUGGGCAGAGGCCCUUGGCCCGCACAGCUGCACUAAGCGGAGGGGCAAUUGACGGCUUCAUCAUGGGGAGGAAGGACGACUCAAUGAGCUUGCGCUUUUGGUUGGAAGGCUUGGGCCUUUUCAUGGGUGAUUUCGUCUCCAUCAGCCGAAAGCCCGGAGAAUGGGUGAGUCUACACAAACACGCAGCAGUGCUUGUCUUCACGGUGGUCUAUGUGCUUUUGCUGGUCGCGAGCUACUUCAGCGGCCCAGAGGCCCGUCCUGGAGACUGCCUCGCUGCAAAGCGGUUCGUGCAGGUGGCAGCGUGGUGGGCGCUGGCAUUUGGCGUUCUCAGCUUCUUUGGAUUCUUCAAAUGUUUAGGGUGGUUGCAGCACUCGCCCCUCAUCCGCACGUUGCAGCAAGCCACCAUGUUCUACUAUCAGUCUCCGCGUCCGCCGCGGAGCGUCUACAUCAGUGAUGGGGGAGUCAUCGAGAACACUGGCAUCCUGGCGCUGAUGCAACGCCGCUGUCGGCGGAUCUUGGCAGUCUACGUCGGUGAGGAAGAGAAGGGCGAGGACCGACAGGACUUUGGUUGCCUGCAGAAGCUGUUGCAGACGAUGCACGACGAGAACAUUGGCUACCUAUACCAUCUACAGGAUCCACGCAAGGGCCCUCUGCAUGCCAUCCGCGAGUGCGCAUGGAACGAGGGCUACUUUCUGGAGCUGGGCAUUUGCUAUUAUGACGAUCGAGGAGCCGGGAAUGCCAACAUCCUGACAGUGGUGCGAAACAAGGUUCCACGUGGGAAGUAUCCCGUUUGGCAGCAUCUCUCUCAAGAAGAGGUGCUCGGCACGGUGGGGCCUGAAAUCGAUGACGCCUUUGAGAUGCAGCAGACUGAGCUUGGUGGCUGCUGUUGCGAUUGCUGCCACAAGACGUGGUGCAACCGCUGCAUGGGUCACUUUCCGGAGCCUCCUACGGCGAAUCAGUUUUUGACUCCCCACAUGUUCAAUGCCCUGUGCAGACUGGGGCGGGCCCUCCUGCCAGUGGGUGUAGUGGCAAGACUGUGA